CGAUUUAAGCGAGACACCUUCUCAGCUUCAGUCACAAGAUGCACUGUAAUCGUGUGUCUUUUCUCUCUCACCCGUUCACAAGUAUCGGGAUUAUUUCUUCCACAGCUUGGCGUGAACAGUUUUCCUCCUUUCCUGGCUGCUAGUUUUUUGCUGUCGUCAUCUCUUUCCCCGCACUUUAUUUUCUGUCCCUCCAUCACCUCACUUCUCACCUUUCACCUCCUCCUCUCCAACAACCCACAACUGCAAUCUGCAAGUCAAAACGCAGCUACGAAAUGUUGGAUCGAUUUUGAUAACGAACGACGGCGAUAACCCCGAAGAUGAUCAAGGCAACACACGGUAUAGAAUGAAGUGAGAGCGAAGGACGACGUGAACCGGUACCGACUGAGUCGAGAUGGACGAAAACGAUGCCAAACACCGACGGGAACGAUCACGAAAGGCAGCAAAGGCGGGCACCGAGACCCAUCGACGAGCAGAGCCUGCCUUGACCUGGACUGGCUUGACUCAAGCCGGAUACUGCGACGGCAUCAGCACGCAAUCCGGCGGCGACAACAGCGUCACAGCGCCUAUCCAUGGAGACUCGCAGUCCUGUGGACCUCGGAUACGGACUGGAAUUAUGGGCCGGGGGGCUAGUCCGACUAGGCGUGCUGGCGUGGUUGGUUACUUUUUAGGCUUUCCACUCAUUCAGACUGACUCUGAUUGCUCUCGCUCGUUGGCGCACCAAGAUCGCCUCUGUUGCCCCAAUCGCAGUCGCGUAUCCCCGACGCUCCUUAUCGGAGCGGGCACCACUAACUCUGGUUCUAGCCAUGCUCCGCCCUGUCAAACCCUUUGCUCGCCCCCCGUGGGACUUUUUUCUUCCAACCCAACCCAACCACCGACUCUUGCCUAACCACCAAGACGAUGGGACCCUGAAACACGCUCUGCCCCCUUCACUGACUGUUUUGUUCAACCCACGCGCCCUCCUUCACUACGCGUCGUCACCUCAGCUUCUUGAGCAGGGUCAUUUGAAUCGCGCUCAUUUCACUGCGAUAGUCGUCUCGCAAGCGUCUCAUCAGCAAAGUCACGCCAUGACCUGCAACAAGAAUAUGGCUCAGUCAACAUAUCACGCGACUAACUGACUGCACAAAGCCUGAUUUACGGACACUCCGCACAGCAGCAAUUUUUACUGAAUUUUGCCUUUCCGUGUCCAGUCAGCGAGCGACAAGGAAGUAAAAGGCAGGUUAUGGGGUUUUUCUUUUUUCGUGCCCUCUCAUUUUGAGCCCCCAACCGCCCGCUGACUCUGUGAGUCAUUCAACUGUGGCCAACCAGGAAGCAGUUAGCCAGCAAACUGUCCCCCCUCGCAGUGCUAGGGAGGCUGGAUCUGUGCGCCCACUGACUGGCUUCUUGCACAAUGUACUCAGUACAACGACUUGCUGGCAGCCGCCAUAAAUGUUGCAGUCGUCAUGGUUGUUCACUUUUGGAUGCUGAUGCAUUCUUUAUUUAUCACGCUGCGUCUACCAGCUUUUGCACCGCUUUCUUGUCAUGCGAGACUGAGCGUAGAGUGAUGCAUGGCUCCCAACGCCUGGGCUAGACUUUCGAAGCCUGCAUGCCGUGACUCUUGGAAACCCCAGUCUGCAUUGAGGACACGUUCCAGGAUGCCACCGUCAAUUUGACGCCGAGUGGUGACACGAAAAUUUUGAUUGUCAAGGAUCGCCAAGUGUGGUUACCUCUUACGAGAACGCGUCAAAUUACCCGGGGCUUGCUGACACAAGUACCUCACUAACAAUUUUCUGGUCCCACGACUUAUCACAGUCCUGGCCUGGGUUUGGACAGGAACUCCACAGACCGUUCAUCCUCAGAGGAACCAACCAGCCUCAUUUGAACUUCUUCGCGGUUCUACCAGGAUCCGCCAUGUCUCGCUAGCUUCUUGGUCCAUAGGCAAAUUUGGCUGGGGCAUGAACCGACUCCGCACUGCAUGGUUUGCUUGAACAAGAUUGCUCUUCUUUUGUGGGGGCGAUCGCAAAGCUAUCUCGUUACCUGGAUGACAGAAAAGAUAAGCCUUGAUUCCUUUGUCAUCACACUUGAACUAAGUAUGUUCCAAGCCGUUCUUUACCUAUUGCCUCAAGUAUAUGUGAUUUGAUCGUCCAGCCAUUGAAAUUAUCAUGUUGGUAUUCAAAGAAAUAUCCGCACAUGUCAAGAGACAUAGCCGCGGAAUCCGCAAGGACCAGGCUCUCCACAUUGGACGCUCUAGGCUUUCGCCAUUCCUCUUUGUUCACAUGCUGAUAAGCUCAAGUCCAUGCGGCUCAAGUGACCUUCCUGUGCAACGACAGCAUCUCGAUUGCUUCGAGCUGAAGAAUAAGCACCUCUGUGCUAUCCAGCAUACUAUCGGUCGCCCGCCGAUGUUAUAGUCUAGAUCUUCAUUCCGUACCAAAAGUCAUAAUUUUGCAUUUGUACCAUGACUCCAAUAUGCUCCAAAUGUCAAACCUUCCCAUUUCUUACUCUCGACCUUAUACCAAUUGACUGUCCCCAACGCGCCAAUGAUGCAUCCAGGUAUAUAAACAAGGUAUCAUACAGAAUACAUAACGAAAAAGUGUUGCUCCGAAAAGAACAAGCGUUUGGUUUUCUUAGGUCAUGUAGUAUUUAGGACCUUCACCUCCUUGGGGCACCUGCCAGUUGAUGUCCUGGUGAGGAGCCUUGAUAUCGCACGUCUUGCAAUGGAUGCAGCUGUUCUGUUGUUAGAGUCUGUGUUCUCAACU